GAUGUUAGCAGCGGCCAUGGUCGAUGGUCGCUGAGUAGUGAAAACGUGUCAGUCGCUUGAGGAUUUCACCCCGGCACCAUUGUUACUUAUCUUGCAAUUACCCAAGUCACAGCGCCGUGCAAAAGCUGUCGCCAUAUAGUGACGUGCUGUAUAAAAAGCCCCCCCAAGGAGUGUUGCUUGUGGUGAACGUUCUAGCGGACACACGGAGGAGUGGCAUGAUGGGUUUGGAAUUGUUCGUUGCUGCUGUCUUCUUGGCACCCGCGCUGUGGAGUGUGCGGGCAGCUCCCUGGGUCGAGCAAACGACAUCCUCGCAACAUUCAGGGGCCUGGAGCAAAGAACAAGAAGGUCGACUCUUUGAAGGAGACAUUGUGCUACCAGAAGAUCUCGCAGAUGAUAGAGCUGCAGUGACCAGAGAUGCCAAGCUGUGGCCCAAAGGGAUCAUUCCGUACGUCUUCGAACAAAGACCAAAUCGACAAAAGCGACUGAUCCGGGAAGCCAUGGAACAAAUCGAGGCAGUGAGCUGCCUGCGCUUCGUGAACCGCACGACGGAGCGGGACUACGUCUUCAUCGACCGCAAUGACACGUGCGGAUCGUACGUAGGCCGCAAGGGAGGCCGCCAACAUUUGUCCCUGGGGCUUGGCUGCAUGCAGAUUGGCUCGGUGAUGCACGAGCUCCUGCACGUGGUCGGCUUCCACCACGAGCACUCGCGCUCCGACAGGGACGAGUACAUCGACGUCUUCCUGGACAACGUAGAGCCGGGGCGACAGCACAACUUUCGCAAGAUGCAGCCCUUUGAGCACCGGCUGCUCUCGCCCUUUGACUUGGACUCGAUAAUGCUUUACGGCUCGGAGUUCUUCGCGCGGUCCCCGGGCCUCUUCACCUUGCUGGCCAAGGACGGCAGUCGUCUCGAAGCGGUCUUCAACAAACGGCGAAUCAGCGACAGCGACAUCCGUCGCAUUCGCAUGCUAUACCGCUGUUGAAAGCUUCGGCAUAAACUUACUUCGCCAUAAACUUAGUUAUUCUUUAAGCUUACUAUCGAAACCGUACAGAAUUUUCCCAUGCAGGGCACAAGAAAUAUGCAGCAUGAUACAAUAGUCAGUGAAAAAUCAUGCAGUACAAUCAUGCAGUAGCACUAGUGUGGUUUCGUGUAUCGACUGUCUUAUGCUUUAGGGUCAAGUUAGAGAUGGGUCUUAAGGUGUCAUUAUUUCUUCUAAUUUCGAUCGCGUAAUGUUGUGGUGAAAUUCGUUCGUAGAUAUUAGGCAUUAGCAAAUAGAGCUUUUUAAAUAGAGGACUGGUGUAAGGGUAAUAAGGCAAAUCUACGAUACAAUGUAUGGCCAUUUUCGUAUUUUAUGCAGUGCAGUAUCAUUAAAUGACGUUGCCGUACUCCAGACAAAAUAGCAAUGGUUUAUAUAAGAUAGGAACAAAUAUUUGUACGUGUACAACUUAAAAUAAAUGUUUUUUUAACAAAGAAGAAACGCGA